GCUUAACCUUGGAGGACCACUUUCUGGAUAAAGGCCUGGGAGCUGCCUCAAGAAGAGGGUUGGGGAAACAGGUCCACGAAGGCUGAUGGGAGCUCCUGGAGUUGCCAGAGAUGGAACUGGAACUUGGAAACCCUGCUGCAUUGCUCCGCUGGCCCCGUCCUAGGUGGCAGGCAGCCUUGUGGCCAACCCUAGCUGCGCUUGCCCUCCUGCUGGGCAGCCUCACAGAAGCCUCCCUGGACCCGAUGUCCCGCAGCCUCCCCGCUCGCGAUGGCCCCUCGCCGGUCCUGGCGCCCCCCACAGACCACCUGCCCGGGGGACGCACUGCGCAUCUGUGCAGCGAAAAAGCCCUGCGACCACCGCCGCAGUCUCCCCAGCCCGCACCCCCGCCGCCGGGUCCCGCGUUCCAGUCCCCUCCGGUUGCGCUUCGCGGGGCGCGCGCGGCGCGUGCAGGGACCCGGAGCAGCCGCGCUCGGGCCGCAGACGCGCGCGGCGGCUGCCGCCUGCGCUCGCAACUGGUGCCGGUGAGCGCCCUCGGCCUGGGUCACAGCUCCGACGAGCUGGUCCGCUUCCGCUUCUGCAGCGGCUCGUGCCGCCGAGCGCGCUCCCCUCACGACCUCAGCCUGGCCAGCCUGCUGGGCGCCGGGGCCCUGAGGUCGCCCCCCGGGUCCCGGCCCAUCAGCCAACCCUGCUGCCGGCCCACUCGCUACGAAGCCGUCUCCUUCAUGGACGUGAACAGCACCUGGAGGAGCGUAGACCACCUCUCCGCCACCGCCUGCGGCUGUCUGGGCUGAGGGUGAUCUCCAAGCCUUUGC